AUGGAUGCAUUCGUGUCGCGAAAGAGGAGGCGGGUUGAAGAGCCAGAGAAGCUUGUAGGAGCGCAAGUCCCUACGCCACCUCAAGAGAAUGGGGCACAAGAGGAUGAGUCGACGGAUUUCAAGCUGGCGAUUCUAGCCUCAUUACAUCCCUCUUUGGAUGAGACAACAUUGCUGGAAGCAUUACUCGCGUCCGAAGGUUCAGUCGAACAGGCAUCAGACUGGCUCGCGCAUCGCAACAACACAUCUCCAAGGAAGCGAUCUGCCCCAACCAGCGUAGGGUUUCAGUCAUCUCUGAGCUCGUAUCGCAUAUCUCCGAAAGAAGGCGGACCGAUCAAGAAGCAGCUUGUCAAGAAAGGACAGACUCUCCAUCUAUACAGCCCUGAAGACAUUGAAGCACACACACCAUGUUCAAUCAUACACAACUUCCUUCCCACAAAGCAGGCAGAUGAUCUACUCCUACAGUUGCUCGAUGAGGCCGACACUUACAGUAGCAUAGAGUUCAAGCUGUUCGAUAAGGUUGUUUGGAGUCCACACACUUUCUGCUUCUACGUCAACAGCAUGGCUGAGGCAGAGGAGCAAAAGACAGAAUACAUAUAUGAUGGACGCAAGGUUGAGGAUGUGCGCCAGAGCGUGCCUGAGAUGCUUAGAGCUUGUCCACAAGUCGAAGAAGCCGUCAACCGCGAAGUACAGCGCCGGAUACGCGACUUCUACCCCGAUAGAAAGAAACUGAAGUACCAGUCACCUCACCCAUGGAAAGCGAACACUGCUUUCGUGAACUGCUAUGACGGCGGAAAGGAGAAUGUAGGCUACCACGCAGAUCAGCUCACAUAUCUCGGUCCACGCGCAGUCAUCGGCAGCCUCAGCCUUGGCGUCGCUCGCGAGUUCCGUGUCCGCAAGGUAGUCGCGGAGGGCGACGAUUAUCGUAAAGCAGACGGUACACUCGCCGAUGCACAAGGCCAGAUCUCCAUACACCUCCCACACAACUCGUUGCUCAUUAUGCACGCCGAGAUGCAAGAAGAGUGGAAGCACUCCAUCGCGCCGGCACAAACGAUUGAUCCCCAUCCGUUGGCGAAGAACAAGCGACUCAACAUCACUUAUCGCUUCUACAAAGACAAUCUGCAUCCGAAAUAUACGCCAAAGUGCAAAUAUGGCUGCAGCUUCUUCCAGUGGGCUGAGUUUGAUGAUGAUGGCGAGCCGCCAUGGGCUGCGCAGGUGAAGGCUACGUCUUCAGAGCUGAACUCCAUGGAGCAACCCGAUACCUGA